GUAGCAAAAAAAAUCAAUCUUGUUAUCUCAAUCCACUUUUAGAACGUUCAAUCUAGUUUGUUUUUUGUUAAAGGGCAAUCAGCAGGCAAUCAUGGCUAUUACAAGAAUUCCAAAAGGUAUUUUCAUUGUUGCUGCAAAGCGAACUCCGUUUGGAACUUUCGGAGGUAAGUUGAAGAACUUGACACCAACACAACUGCAGGAGGUUGCGGUGAAGGCUGCCAUGAAGGCAGGGAGGAUCAAUGCCGACUGGGUUUCGUUCACUGUUAUUGGAAAUGCAGGGCAGACAGCAAGUGAUUCAGCGUACAUCAGUCGACACAUUGGCAUAAAGGCAGGCAUUCCCAUCACAUCUCCUGGCUUAACUGUGAAUCGUUUGUGUGGUUCGGGAUUCCAAUCCAUAAUAACUGCUAGUCAGGGCUUGUCGUUGGGCGAGAAUGAGGUAGUGAUCACGGGCGGGGCAGAGAACAUGAGCAUGGCACCUCACGCCGUCAGGGGUUUCAGGUUUGGAGUCAAGUAUGGAGUUCAUCCUGUGCUGGAAGAUACACUGUGGACCCUUUUAACUGAUAGCUACAUCAACAAGCCUAUGGGCGUGACGGCUGAAAAUCUGGCGGAGAAGUAUGGCAUAACAAGGGAGCAGGCUGACGAGUAUGCUGUGCUCAGUCAGAAGAGAUGGAAAGCCGCUUUCGACGCUGGUUACUUCAAGAAAGAAAUUGAGCCAGUCACCAUCAAAACGAAAAAAGGUAAAGAGGAGUUGAUGGAUGUCGAUGAACACCCGAAGCCCAACACAACAUUGGAGUCCAUCGCUUCCCUACCCUCUGUCUUCAAGAAGAAUGGAACUGUCACUGCUGCAAACGCUUCCGGCAUAGGCGAUGGAGCGUCCUGCGUCAUCCUAGCGACAGAAGAUGCAUGUGUCAAGUACAACAUCAAGCCUCUCGCUCGAAUGGUUGGAUACUCCAUCGUUGGUUGUGACCCGCACUUGAUGGGAAUCGGGCCAGUGACGGCCAUUGAACACCUCAUGAAGAAAACAAACAGGAAGCUAUACGAAAUGGAUUUGAUUGAGAUUAACGAAGCCUUUGCAAGUCAGUACCUUGCGGUGGAGAAGCACCUGAAACUGAACAGAGAGAAGACGAACGUGAAUGGAGGGGCUAUUGCCAUGGGCCACCCUGUAGGGGCUUCAGGCAACCGAAUCAUCGGCCACUUGGUCCAUCAUCUCAGAUUCUUGAAGGCCAAAUAUGGUUUGGGAGCAGCCUGCAUAGGGGGCGGUCAGGGAAUUGCCAUGCUCGUCGAAGCUGUUUAAUACUUUUAUAACAUUUUUUUUAAUUUCUUUUAGAGUUUUUAUUUUGUAAAGUUAAUUAAAUUUUAAAUCGUGUCUGUAGUUUUCAUUUUUUGUUAUGGAAUGAGACUAAGGAACUUAUUAAUUUUUUUGCGUUAUGCUCCGAGGCUUUUUAACCGAAAAAAUUAUUUUUUAUUAAUUAUUAUAUUAUAUUUUAUUAUCAUUAUUUUUUAUAAAAACCUUGUCAAUAUUAUAUUUACCAUAUUUUUUAUUACUAUCAUCGUCACGAAGUUGCAUCUCCGUCGGGUGUUUGUUUUUUCAGCCGCCAACGAUCAAGCAAUAGUUCUGAAAUGUACAAAAAUGAAUUUGGCUACUGUUCCUCUUGGUCUUCUAACCAACAUUUGCAGAUGCAAAUCAUGCAACAAGUUGCUUCCCUUUUGAAGUCCUUUUAAAUAAUUUAUUCUAAUUAUUAACGUGCAUAUUUUAUUUUCUCUUUUUUUUCAUUCAAACCAAUAAAUGAAUUUAUUAUUGUUAGUGU